AAUUGAAGUUGGGAACUCCCCCCCCCCCCCCCACGGCAAAUUAGCCAUCGUUACCCAUAUUACCCAUGCCUACUUAGCGGGUAGAAAAGGAUAACAUACGGGAUUGUAAACUGAUACGUGCACGGUAACACGACUCUUACAUUUGUAACUGUUCCGACAGUUACAUGUUGAUGAUAUGGAUCCAAAGAAUCAAUGGGUAGCCUAUGGGUACCAAUGGGUAAUUCAUUUUGGUCAUGGGUUCUUAGUAUAGGCCCCUGGGUAGGAUUUCAUAGCCUAUCUACGAACAAGGUGAUCGAGUAUGCCGACCACUCUCGGUCACGGAGGUUCCCCACCCGCCACGGUUUGGCGAUGAGUAGAAUAAUAACCCCAGGCUUAAAGGUCUCGUUACAAGCUAUCCCCGGCCAAUCCCAGGCGAGGCCUCGUCCCUCGACACAUGCGCUCGUGUGGCGAGUGACGGGUGACUAGGCAUUGCCGUUGAGGUCGGGCUCGUGAAAAUAAGACCCAUGGUCCUUAGACUAUAUGAUGCGACCUUUUGCAGAGUUUGUCUGAAGACCAGUCGGACCUACCCUAUGUUCCAAAUUUAUCUAUGGCCCAAGGAAGUUUUCUCAGACUCUUGAAUUGUCUUGCGAGAUUAGUCAUCAAUUUCACUGCAAUUUGAGAGAAGUAAAAAUAGUUCUUCACUGCAGUUUUGGUCUUACUCAUGGGGACAAGGCGUGGGCGACGGGGUGAGCUCACUAAUAUCGACAAACUCUAUAUUGCCAGUAGAGAGUUGUGGUACUAUCGUAUUUGAUAAUUAUAAUAAUUAUAAUAAUGGUACAAGAAUGAGGUUGACCCAGACAGAUAGACAAUCUUGGUGGUAUUCCAAC